AUGGCAUCUUCUUCCACCAAAUUGAGUCUGAAAUUGUUUAUCGACCCAAAGCGUGAGAUAGUUCCUUUCGCAGAAACAUCAAAAGCGGUUGUAGACUUUCUCUUUACCUUGCUCUGCUUGCCCAUCGGUACUGUCAUAAGGAUUCUGGACAAGAAUCAAAUGGUUGGCUCCUUAGGCAAUCUAUAUCAAAGUCUUGAAAAUCUGGAUAAAACUUACAUGCAAAAAGAGGAACAUAAGGAUCUACUCUUGAAGCCAAGUGCCCCCGUUCCUUCACAUAUCUCUGGUCUUCUUCCUUCAAUCAAUGGCACUUCUUCUAACAAUUCUAACAAGUCUACGAGUGUGUUCUUCUACAGGUGCCCAGCUCACUUGGGUUUCGUCACAUGCGAUAACACCACUCCCUGUCCUCAGCAACAAUGUGGGAAAACUAUGAACAUUGGAAUGUACUUUUUAGGUGAAAAGGUUCCGAAGCAAAUGUCUGCCGAAAAGAGUGGUUUUGUGAAAGAGGGUGUUACUUACAUGGUGAUGGAUGAUUUAGUGAUUCAUCCCCUAUCAAGCAUUGCCUUACUUACCAAACUCAACGUCAAAGAUUUUGGCAACUUACAGGAAAAGGUGGUCGAGUUGGAUAUCAAGCAGGUUGUAAAUCUCCUAAAGGCUUCUCUGCAGUCCAAGACGGUUUUGACAGAUGUUUUUCUCAACAAUCAUACUUUGGUGUUGAAGAAUCAUGCUUCGGCGUAG